AAUGGUGAGUUUCUGACAAAGUCCCUACAAUCAUCCAAUCAAACGCCACAUCGGAGAUUACUGGAGAUUUUGAAUUCUCAGCAGCACUUUGUCUUUCGGAGCGAAAUCUCAAGAACAAGAAUCACCGCUUUUAGGAUAUGCCGGUUGAGGCUUGACGUAGCUAGCUACAGAUAUUGAAGCAGUAUGAGCUGGGUAGUGGAGGAGUGGAAAGAUGGUCUUUCAGGUAAAGCCCUGCAGAAGAUACAAGAGAUUGAGGGACAGCUGGACAAGCUGAAGAAGGAGAGGAAUCAGAAACAAUUCCAGCUCGACUCACUGGAGGCUGCUCUACAAAAACAGAAACAAAAGGUUGACAGUGAGAAGAGCGAGGCGUCUGCCAUUAAGAGGGAGAACCAGGCCUUAGUAGAGUCAUGUGACGCCGUGGAGAAGGCCCGUCAGAAGGCGACCCACGACCUGGGGGUCAAAGUGCAACAGGUCAGCAACCUGGAGGGUCAGCUCAGCACCAGCAAGAAGACCAUAGAACGACUGGAGCAGGAACUCAAGAAAUAUAAGAAUGAAAAGGACCGUUCUCAGUCCUCCUCUGAUCUACCGUCCUACAGCACUCCUCAAAAGACCUUUGCCACUCCUGCUGCUACUCCCAGCUACAGACAGCAUGACUCCAGGCUGGAGGACCUUCACGAGAGAUACAACCAGGAGGUGGAAGAGAGGAAGAGACUGGAAGCCGAACUGAAAAUCACACAGGUCAAACUGUUGAACCAGUCGUCCGUCAGUCAUAAGGACAUUGCCACCCGGCAACAAGCAGGCUCCUCCAUAUUCCCAUGGCAACAGCAAGACAAGGGCCGCCAGUCCCAGGGCACCAUUGAAACGCCCCUGGCUAGGCGGGCAGGGGGCGGGACAUCCGCUGGCGGCUUCAUGUGGAACACGGAGGAUACACCAAUCAAAUCCACCCAGCGAAUCAGCACAUCUGUAUCCCAGUUUGAUUCUGAUGGCUCCUCCCAGCAGAUGGAACAGCUGAGGAUACUGAAUCAAGAGCUGAAGAGUAAAGUGUCUGAGCUGGAGCAGCAUCUGCAGUCACAGGAGAAGGACGCGAGGAUGCAGAGCGGCAGGCUCCAGGAGCUCCAGGGCCAGCUGGACCAGGCUAGGAGAGACCUGACCGACAGAGACAAGACCCUGGGCAAGAGCAGAGAUGAACUAAGCAAGGCUACCACUCAGCACGAACAAGCUGUCGCCAAGUGUGUGUCAAUGGAGCAGAAAUUGAAACAGGUCUCUGAGGAGAUGUCCUGCCAGAGGCACAACGCUGAGAGCUGCAGACGAGCUCUGGAACAGAAGGUCAAGGACCAGGAGAAGGAGAGCCAGAAGGAGCUCUCCCACCUUCAGAGCAGCCACCACUCCCUAGAGCAGCAGUUUAACCAGACCAAGACCAAGCUGAACCAGGAGAUACAGCAAGCCAAGAAAGACCACAACAUCCUGCAGGCUGAGAUGGACAAGGUGUCAUGCCAGAGGAGCCAGCUGGAGAGAGACCAGGAGGAGCAGAAACAGAAGCUGCUGAGGUCAGAACAGAGCCAACAGGCCAGCCAAAACAAGGAGCAGGACCUCAGGAAGAAAUUUGAGGAGCUGCAGAGAGAGAAGAACACUGUGAGCGCCCAGCUGGACCAGGGUAGCAAGAGGCUCUCUCAGCUGGAGGAGGAGAGGAAGAGCGCCGAGCAGAACCUCAAACGCACCCAGAGCAUGCUGGAUGACUUCAGAGCCAAAAAUGAAGCCCAGUCCGAAGAGCUGAAAGGACUUGUCACUAAACUGGAAAGCCAGACCAGAUCGUCAGCCCAAGAUCUAGAGAACCUAAAGAAAACGCUCACAGACGCAGAGACCAAGAAUGACAAGACUCAGAGUGAACUGAAUACCCAAAAACAGGAAGUGGAACAGAUCACAAACAAACACAGCGCUCUGGAGAAGGAGAUCCAGGAACUGAAGACAACCCUGACCACCACUCAGGGCGAGUUUGUGCAGCUGAAGAAAGAGAACGAGACACUUCAGGGAUGGAAAACGGAGAAGGAGACUCUCAUUAACGAGACUGAGGCUGUGCAGCAAGGCUUAGUCGACAAAAUCACUGAGCUUGAGAAGAGUCUGGGCUCGUUGAAGGACGAUAAAAUAGGUCUACAGGAGCAGCUGAAGACUCUGGAGGCUGAGAAGGCUUGUCUAUCAGGGCAGAUCGACUCCCUGAAAGGAGAACUCCUCAACAAGUGUACCGACCUGGAGGAGAAGGGCUGCAUGUACGAAGAGCUCCAGAGACGGCUGGAGGAGUCUGACCAGAAACACUUAAAAAACCUGGAAACCGUUGGGUUGCAGGUGACCCAGCUUGAGGGACAAGUGAAGGAUCUGGGGUCCAGGCUGCAGGUGGAGACUGGCAGGGCGGAGCGGGCCGAAAUGUUUCACACUGAGCUCCAGGAGCAGUAUCAGGCGGCCUGCGACCUGGCCCGGUCCAAAGAUGCUCUGGUGGAGUUAGGCCAGAGCGAUGUAGCCCAGCUCAGGGAGAGUCUGGCUCAGACCAUAGCCCUACAGGAGGAACAACUGGCCAGAUUUACCCAGGAGAAGACCUCCCUCCUGAAGGAGUGUGAGGAAAGCGUAGCAUUGAAGGCAGACGAGGUUGAGCACGCCCAGCUGAGUCUGGUUAAGAUUCAGCAGGAGCUGCCGUUCCUCCAGGACCAGGUGUCUUCACUGGAGUCCAACCUGAAGAUCCAGAAAAGUUUGGGUGUUAAACUGCAGGCCAAGUAUGACAACAUUGUCAAUACUAAAGAGGAUCUUGUGGAGAAGCUUUCCGAGGCAGAAAAGAGAGGGGAAAGUCUUCAGGGUGAAGUCAAUAGCCUCUCAGAGCAGGCGAAGACUGUUGGCUCUCUACAGGAGCGCUGUGAUACUCUGACGGCUGCGGCACAGGAGUCCAUAAGCGCUCUGCAGAACAUGACCGAGACCCUGACCCAGACUGAAUCAGAGCUGCACAUACUGAGAGACGUGGUUGAAAAACUAGAGGCUCAGGUGAACGAAGCUGAGACCAAGGCCUCAGAUCUUGAGAGGGAAAAGGCAGAGAUGGCAGAGAAAGUAGAGAAAAUCCAGAGGGAAGCUGAAGAGGUUUCUGUGAAGUAUCAAACCCUUCAGGACUCCCAGGAAGAGGAGAGGAGUGGUUUGAUGAAGCAGAUCUCUACAUUAAAGGACAUACUCACUGAGAAUAAGGCUGCUUCCGCCCAGCUGUCUUCUGACCUGAAUAACUCCCUGGAAGCUCUGCAGAAGACUCACUCGGCUGCCGUGGAGCUCAACUCCAACCUGGAGAGCAGCCUAGUGGAGAAAACAAACCUAAUCUCUUCUCAGGAGAUGCAAGUCAAAGAGCUCUCAGAGAGACUCCAUAAGGAAUCCGAGAUCCAUGUCACAGAGCUGGAGACUUACCUCCAGAAACAAAGAGGCCUGAAGGAGCAGCUUGAGAUUGUAAAGAGCCAGCUGGAGAGUAAAAGCCAGGAAGGAGCCGAGGCUAAGGAGAAGUGGGAGAGGGCCUCACUAGAGCUGUCUAAGCUGAGAGAAGAUUUGUCUUCUGCCAGAAACAGUGUUGAUGAGAAAGGCUGUAAGAUCAAGAGUCUGAAAGAGAGGUUGAACCAGGCUGAGUCUGAACAAGACAAAGCUACCGACGCCCUGAAAGAGAAGGUCAUCAGCAUGAACAAGAUCAAGGUCCAGCUGGAGAUGCUUCAGAUGGACCUGGAGGACAACGAGGCCUGCAUGAACACCUUUGACACCCAGAUAGAGGAGCUUAAAGGAACUGUGGAGGAACUCAGAGGAACCGUGGCCUCUCUGAACGAGAGGCUGGAGGAGAGCGUGACGCAAAGGUCCAGCUUGGAGACCGAGCUGGGCUCUGUCAAAGAGCAGCUGUCAGAGAAGAGCUGUGAAGUCACCCAGGUGACAGCAACUCUUGAAGACACUCGCCAGCAGAUGCAGGCUGCCUUGUCCACAGCAGGUUUAGUGGAAUCACUCCAGACCACUGUUGAUGGGCUGAUGGAAACCCUGGAGGAGGAGGUUAGAAAACACGGCCAACUGGAGAUGGACAUCAUUCAGCUCACUGAGGAGAAGGAGCAGUUGACUGUGGAGAAGGAGCAGUUGACUGUGGAGAAGGAGCAGUUGACUGUGGAGAAGGAGCAGUUGACUGUGGAGAAGGAGCAGUUGACUGUGGAGAAGGAGCAGUUGACUGUGGAGAAGGAGCAGUUGACUGUGGAGAAGGAGCAGUUGACUGUGGAGAAGGAGCAGUUGACUGUGGAGAAGGAGCAGUUGACUGUGGAGAAGGAGCAGUUGACUGUGGAGAAGGAGCAGUUGACUGUGGAGAAGGAGCAGUUGACUGUGGAGAAGGAGCAAGGAGCAGUUGACUUUGACGUGGAGAAGGAGCAGUUGACCGUGGAGAAGGAGCAGUUGACCGUGGAGAAGGAGCAGUUGACCGUGGAGAAGGAGCAGUUGACUGUGGAGAAGGAGCAGUUGACUGUGGAGAAGGAGCAGUUGACUGUGGAGAAGGAGCAGUUGACUGUGGAGAAGGAGCAGUUGACUGUGGAGAAGGAGCAGUUGACUGUGGAGAAGGAGCAGUUGACUGUGGAGAAGGAGCAGUUGACUGUGGAGAAGGAGCAGUUGACUGUGGAGAAGGAGCAGUUGACCGUGGAGAAGGAGCAGUUGACCGUGGAGAAGGAGCAGUUGAGCAAGGAGCAGUUGACUGUGGAGAAGGAGCAGUUGACUGUGGAGAAGGAGCAGUUGACUGUGGAGAAGGAGCAGUUGACUGUGGAGAAGGAGCAGUUGACUGUGGAGAAGGAGCAGUUGACCGUGGAGAAGGAGCAGUUGACCGUGGAGAAGGAGCAGUUGACCGUGGAGAAGGAGCAACUUGAGGCUGACUUGCAGAGGCACAGUCUGAACGCUGGGGAUGAGAGAGACGCGGUCAAACAGGAGAACGAGUGUCUCCAGCGUACGCUACAGAGCCUGACGGAGAACUACGAGGCUGUUCAGUCUGCGUUUGAGAGGGCGACCCAGCAGAGCGAGGACGAAACCAGAGAGCGGAUCGGAACGUUUGAGAGGGAACAAACCGAGCUCCAGCAGAGACUGAGCGGACUGCAGGGUGAACUAGCCCUGUUCAAGGAGCACUAUGACAGCCUGAUGACUCAGGCAAGCCAGCAGCAGUCUCUCAUAGAGCAGCUUCAGACCAAGAGAGACCAGAAGGUCUCUACAGGAGAGGUGGACGGACCGACUUCCAGACAGACGUCAGGCUCCUUCUUCAACGUCAGCUUCCCCUUAAAAGAAGAUACCGUGGAGAUGAAACCCACAGCUGAGCAAUCAGAUGACCUCCACAACUCUGAAGUACCUCAACAGACAGGAAGUGGUGGCAACAAUGAGCCAGCUGAAGAGUUCAGUGACUGCAUGGAUAAAGUCCCUGUAGAGCAGCAGAAAGCGCUCAGUAAAAGCCUUGAUGAUGAUGUGACCCUCGGCAGUGAACAUCCAGCAGUCUCUGAAGCUCCUUGUGACCAGGACCAGUUGGCCCAGAGCAGGGAGGUGGUCAGAAAGCUAGAGGAGGAGCUACAGACCCUCCACUCCCAGCUUGACCUCGCUACCUCUGAGAUGACCUUCAGGAAGGAGCUGUGCUCUGAGCUGGAGGUCAAAGUUGAAGAGUUAGAGGUGAAGGUCCAACAGAUGAAGAAAGAGAUGUGUGGUGCCGCGGAGAAGAUUAGCGCUGCCGUAGUGGAGAGACGGACGCUAGGUGACCAGAUCUCAGAGUUGACAGAGGAGGCAGAGUCCCUGAGACUGGCGCUGCAGACCUCUAAAUGUCAGCUCUCUGAUGUCAUGGAGAUGCUAGAGACGCUGGAGAGGGCCAAAGGUGGUUGGAGCGAGAAGUUCUUCCAGGUGGAAAGCGAACUGAAGAGGGUUCGUUCUGAGAAGACCAAUCUGGAGAAACACAUCCUCUCCAUGGAGGCUGAUUUGGAGUGCCUGACCGAGCAGAAAGUCACGCUGGAGAGGGAGAUGGAGGCUAGCCGCAAAGGUAAAUGUGACCUGGCCCAGCAGCUGGCCACCCUCACCUCAGAGAACGGACAACUCAGACAAGAGAUGGUGUCCUGCAGCGAGGAUAGGAAUGAGCUGGAACAGUCAGUGGCACAGUGGAGGGAUAAGGCAGAGAGUCUGGAGAAGACAAACGUGGAUACUAGAGAGGUUAUUAAGAUCUUAGAGGAAGAUAUCAGAAAUGGGAAGAGGGAAUCUGAUGUGACUUCUGCUAACCUGGAGAGUCUGCAGAUGGAGAGCGGUCAGCUGGUGCUGCAGUGUCAGGCGCUAGAGAAGACCAUCACCCUGCAGAGCGGGGAGAAGGACAACCUGAUUAACCAACUGAACAGCUUCAAAGAUAACCAGAACUCUGCGAGCAAAAACACUGAGUCCAUGGCCUCUAAGAUCCAGUCUCUGGAAGGGGAGAUAUCCAGACUAGCCCAGUCUCUGGAGUCUUCUCUGCUAGAGAAAGGAGAGAUAGCCUCACGCCUCAACUCAACCCAGGAGGAGGUGGCCCAAAUGAGGUCGGGCAUCGAGAAGCUCCGGGUCCGCAUGGAGUCAGACGAGAGAAAGAAGAAACACAUGAGCGAACUGCUGAAGACUGCCCAGAGGAAAGCAGAUGCUCUUCAGGACCAGCUAGACAAACAGGAGAGGGAGAGGGAAGACGCUGACCAAAACCUAGAGGAGGCUGUGCUUCAGGCCGAGACGGCCACGGCCCAACUUGAAGAGUUGGAGGAAGAGAAAAGGGAACUGGCCAGUAAGAUUGAGGAGAUGACCGCCGAACUGGACAGCCUGAGAAAUGAGAAGGAGAGGCUUGAGGAAUUGCUCUCUCUGAAGAACGCAGAGAUUGAGGAGAUGAAGGCAGCAAACCGAGCUGCCACUGAGGAACUGGAGAAAGGGAUGAGAGAGGCGGAGGAAAAACAGAGUGCAAUGGUGGAAGAGUUACAGGCCCAGCUUGGCUCUGUGAGCUCUGAGCUGCAGAAAUGCAGAGAAGGCCUGGAGGGAGAGAAGGAGAGAAUGUGGUCUCUAACGGAGGAAUGGAAGACUGAGGGGGAGAGGCUGAAGAAAGAGGUGGAUCGACUGCAGGCUUUGGAGAUUGAGCGGGAGAAGGAGAGAGAGAUGCUGACUCUGAGACUGCAGGAGGACCUGGAGGCACAGCAGAGAGAGAUGGGGGACAUCCGUGAGAACAACAACACCCUGCAGCAAGAGAUGGAGAAGCUGCAGGCACUACUGUCGGAGCGGGAGCAGAAAGAACAGGCUCAGUCUGCAGAGAGACUAGAACUACAGCAGCAGUCAGAAAGCUACAAGUUAUCCCUGGAGGAAGUUACCUCUGAGAAGGAGGUGCUGAGGGGACAGUUGGCUGCAGCGGAGGAGGAGGUCAGAGGUCAUCUGUUAGAGCUGAGCAGUCUGAGAACCAAAAUGGAGGAGCUCAGCACUACCAUCACACAGCAGGACAGCAGCAAACAGGUAUCGGAGCUGAGCUCCAGAGUGGCCCGUCUGUCUAAGGAGAGGGACUCAGCCCUCAGUAAGAUUAACCUGUGGAUGAACUCCUGUAAACAGCUGGAGAAGGAGAGGGAGGCUCUUGUGCUGGAGACCCAGAAACUACAGGCCAGCCAGAUACCAGCUGGUGAAGAGAGCAGGGAUGAGGUACAGAAGAGGAGCUCUGAGGAGGUGCAAGCUGAACUUAAAGAGUUGAAGAAAGCUUUAGAGGAGAGGAGUGGGGAGGUGCAGGAGCUCAGCAAGACUCUAGCAGAGAGAAGCAGGGAGUUGGAGGCGCAGAAGAGGAGCAGUGAGUCUGAACUGGAGGAGCUUACUGAAGCCUUGGAGGAGAGGAGCAGGGAGGUGGAGGAGAGCAUGGAUAAAUACUGCAGCCUGAUGGUCCGUGUCCACAAGCUGGAGGAUACCAACGACACGCUGGAAACACGCCUGGAGCGCCUUGUCACGCAAACCACUAGCAGCACUGCUAACAACGCUAGCAACACGGCUAACAAUGCUAGCAAUAAAACACCCAGGCGAAAGUCAGGCAGGAGGUCAGCCUCCAGGGCACAGGAUGCACUCAUACCGUUGGGUCCCGCAGAGACAGACUCUGAGAACACGGUGCCUGCUGGUCAGGGUCAGGGGUCGUUGGGGAAGAGGGGUUGUGGUGUUCUAGCAGCUAGUGACAACAGCAACACACCAUUUAAAGCCCAGGAGGCCCUGCUGAACACUGCCAAGAGGAUCAAAGCAACAGCAACCACGCCCAAACCAGGAAGUAGACAGGAAGAUGAGGAGUUUAGGCCAGAGGGACUUCCUGAGCUGGUGCAGAGAGGGUUUGCCGAUAUCCCUCUAGGAGAGGCCAGUCCCUUCAUCAUGAGGAGAACCGCAGUGCAGCGCUGUAGCCCUCGUCUGGCCGCCGCACGACACACUGCCACCACCCCCUCUGUAACCCCCCAACACAAGGUGCUGGAGCCCCUGUCCCUUCAGAGCCCUGUCGGCAUGGCAACUCUGUCUGACAGCCCUGGUGGGAAAGGCCUGUGUGUUAGUCCCGCCUCCAGUGGCGAGGAGAGGCGUGGCCGUCGGUCCCUGAGCACACGGAAGACUCCGGAACAGAGGGAGAAACGCAAAGAGGCCAUGAUGACAGCAUCACGCCAAGAGGAGAACUGCCAAGUGCAGUAGCAUAGCAACUAACUAACCUGUACAAAGCCAGUAACACCCCAGCCCAAACCAAUGUGAGGACAGAAUACUGGUGUCAGAAUGUCUGUAAACUGCAUUACCAAUGUCUGUCUGUGGUACAGAUGAAACGCGAUUCUUCAAUGUAAGCUGUAGAUAUGAAAUGUUUCUUGUGUUUUUGCUCUGAACCUGUUUUAUACAUUCUAUUCCUCCUGAUUUACUACUACUGUUAAUAGCACAACAAUAAACUGUGUUUUUGUUUUAAUCUGUUAUUAGGGCUGGUUUUCCAGACCCAAAUGAUUCCUACUGGACUAGAAACCAUGCUUGGUGGAGAAUCUCCAUGCCAUUGGAACUUAAUGUGUGUCUGUAGAAACUAUCCCAUGAAGUCGUAUAAGAUAAAACUCCCAAUACCUAGUUCUGUAUCUUUACGGGUCUUUUCUGUGUCAAUAACUAAUAAUUCCACUUCACUCCAGCUCAUUGGUUGUUCAUAAUGAUAUAACUGCUGUUUUACUAAACAUUGUGGUCACAUUUGCUUGACUGCGUCUCUUUUAACC